AUGACUGGAGGCGGAAAGUCCGGCGGCAAGGCCAGUGGUUCCAAGAACGCGCAAUCUCGUUCCUCUAAGGCCGGUCUCGCAUUCCCCGUAGGUCGUGUUCACCGUCUGCUCCGCAAGGGCAACUACGCCCAGCGUGUCGGUGCCGGUGCCCCCGUCUACCUCGCCGCAGUUCUCGAGUACCUCGCUGCUGAGAUUCUCGAGCUUGCUGGCAACGCCGCCCGCGACAACAAGAAGACCCGCAUCAUUCCCCGUCAUCUUCAGCUCGCCAUCCGCAACGAUGAGGAGUUGAACAAGCUUCUCGGCCACGUCACGAUCGCCCAGGGUGGCGUUCUGCCCAACAUUCACCAGAACCUGCUGCCCAAGAAGACUGGCAAGACUGGCAAGAACCAGAGCCAAGAGUUGUAA